AUGGAGUGCUCUUGGAAAACCAUCCUUCUCCUGGUGUGUGCCUCCCUAGGGAUUCAGUACACAGCUAUCCGAUCCCUGACUGCCAGCAUCAACUCCCGCUGUCCUGGCACGGACAUCUGCAGUCCUCACUUUCGCCUAGGCAAGUUCAGUUGGACUUCUCUCUGCUCUGGGAUGACUGGCCCACAAGCGAAUGACCAGACACCCACCAGGAAACAUAUCCUGAUCUUUGCCACGACCAGGAGUGGAUCCUCCUUCCUAGGACAGCUGUUCAAUCAGCACCCUGCUAUCUUUUAUCUGUAUGAGCCUCUCUAUCAUGUGCAACAGGUGUUUGCGAACUCAAGUACCAGGGUGAGAAACGCAUUGGAUAGACGGGCUCUCCUGGGGGCACACAGGGACUUGCUCAGCAACCUGUACGACUGUAACCUGAAUUUCCUGGAGAAUUACAUGAAGCCUACACCCAGGGACCACGAGACCGCUGCGUUUUUUCGGAGGGGGGCCAGCAAUGCUCUGUGUGAACCCCCACUUUGCCACUGGGAUCGGGGCUCCAAGGAGGUGAUUGAGCAUCUCUGUGCCAGGCGGUGCAGGGCACUGAACCUGACCCUGGCAUCGCAGGUUUGUCGGGCACGCCCUCAUGUGGCCAUCAAGACCGUCAGGAUACCUGAGAUCAAGGACAUCCGCCUCCUGAGCGAUGACCCAAGGCUCGACCUGAAGAUCAUCCACUUGGUCCGAGACCCCAGGGGGAUACUUGCCUCCAGGAUGGGCACCUUCACGGAAAAUUUCCGAGCCUGGAAAAUCUGGAAUGCCACCGGCAGAAAGCCGCACAGCGUGGAUCUGUCCCAAAUAGCGACCACUUGCAACGACCUCCUCAACUCGGCCGGCACGGGGUUAAGCAGACCACCCUGGCUGCGGGGCAAGUACAUGUUGGUGAGAUAUGAAGAGCUGGCAAGGGAACCUUUCAAAAAGACCGCUGAGAUUUACCACUUCAUUGGUUUGGAUGUGGACAGUCAGGUUAAGAGAUGGAUACUUCACAACACGAGGGCCACAAGUGGCUCAGCAAGGAAUUACAAGUACACAACCACAAGGAACUCGUCAGCCACGGCAGAAAACUGGAGGCUCAACCUCUCCUUCCAGAUUGUUCAGACAGUCCAACAGCUCUGCAAUGAUACUCUGAACCAACUGGGCUACCAACUGGUGCAGUCGCUGAAGGAUUUGCGGAACCUCUCCAACAGUUUGGUGGAACCCAAGAUUUUUGCUCCUUUCCUGUAG